AGCCUGCACCCGUACAGGCGAGCCCUGGUCCUUGGCAACGCGCGCCCGAGCCCCCCCCCCCCCCCGAGCGGGGCGGGCGGCCACACCGACGGCACUCCGCCGCACCUGCCGUGGACGUGCUGGCGGCACUUCGGGGCGUGGCUGGAGCAGCUGGUCGGCACGGGGACGGUCAGCCGGCGCGCGCUCACGGACAAGGAGGACCAGGGCCUCCGAGGAGCUUCUCGUGGCUCCUUCUCGCGCCCGCGCACGGGCGACUGCCGGGAGGAGAAGGAGGACGCCCGCAUCGUGGGCCACCUGAUGCACCUGCGGCCCCUCCGCGAGAUGGCCCGGGACCCGCGCUUCGCCGCGGGCGCCCAGGCGC